AUGGCGGAACCCAACGGCCAUGCUAACGGUCCCAAUGGCGCGGCCUAUGCCAAGGGCCACGCAUCUGAGAACCCAAAGCUUCCCGAGUCUCUCGCAGCGUCACCAAAAAAGAUUGUCUUUAUCGGCCCCCCUGGCUCGGCAAUGCGCUCCCUUGGUGACAAGAUUUCAUCAACUAUUGUCGCCCAACACGCGGACGUGCCUUGCAUUCCCUGGUCUGGCACCGGCGUUGACGAGGUCAGCGUUGACGACAAGGGGAUCGUCACGGUUCCCGACGAUGUCUACCUCAAGGGGUGCGUCAACUCCUGGCAGGAGGGCCUGGCGAAGGCUGAGGAGAUUGGCUUCCCCGUCAUGGUCAAGGCAUCCGAAGGUGGCGGUGGCAAGGGUAUCCGGAAGGUGAUGGACAAGGAGAACUUCGAGGAGCUGUAUAAGGCGGCAGCUAGCGAGAUCCCCGGCUCGCCCAUCUUCAUCAUGAAGUUGGCGGAUAGUGCCCGGCAUCUGGAGGUCCAAUUACUUGCCGAUCAAUACGGCAACAACAUCUCGCUCUUCGGCAGAGAUUGCUCGCCCACCACCUUUAAGGCCAUGGAGGAUGCUGCGGUCCGCCUCGGCAGACUCGUCGGCUACGUCUCCGCCGGAACGGUCGAGUACCUCUACUCGCACGCCGACGACAAGUUCUACUUCUUGGAACUCAACCCUCGUCUCCAGGUCGAGCAUCCUACGACAGAGAUGGUCAGCGGUGUCAACCUGCCUGCCGCCCAGCUUCAGGUCGCCAUGGGUCUCCCUCUUCACCGUAUCCGGGAUAUCCGACUCCUGUAUGGUGUUGACCCCAAGACGUCGACGGAGAUCGAUUUCGAGUUCAAGAACCCGGAGAGCGAGAAGUCGCAGAGGCGCCCAACGCCCAAGGGCCACACCACCGCCUGUCGUAUCACGUCGGAAGAUCCGGGCGAGGGCUUCAAGCCGUCGAACGGUGUGCUCCACGACCUGAACUUCCGCUCGAGUUCCAACGUGUGGGGUUACUUCUCUGUCGGUUCGGCCGGUGGUAUCCACAGUUUCUCCGACUCUCAAUUCGGGCACAUCUUUGCCUACGGUGAGAACCGUGCCGCCUCCCGAAAGCACAUGGUCGUCGCUUUGAAGGAGCUCAGUAUCCGUGGUGAUUUCCGCACUACUGUCGAGUACCUAAUCAAGCUCCUCGAGACGGACGCCUUUGAGCAAAACACAAUCACAACCGGCUGGCUUGAUGAGCUGAUCUCCAAGAAGCUCACGGCUGAGAGGCCCGACACCAUGCUCGCCAUUGUCUGCGGCGCUGUCACGAAGGCUCAUAUCGCCAGCGAGUCGUGUAUUGCCGAGUACCGCGGCGGUCUUGAGAAGGGCCAGGUCCCCGCCAAGGAUAUUCUCAAGACCGUUUUCCCCGUCGACUUCAUCUACGAGGGAUUCCGCUACAAGUUUACCGUUACGCGAUCCAGCACCGACAGCUACCGCCUCUUCAUCAACGGCUCCAAGUGCACCGUCGGCGUGCGUGCCCUAAGCGAUGGUGGUCUUCUUGUCCUCCUUAAUGGCCGGAGUCACAACGUCUACUGGAAGGAAGAAGUUGCUGCCACGCGCAUGUCCGUCGAUGGCAAGACAUGCCUGCUUGAGCAAGAGAACGACCCCACUCAACUGCGGUCUCCCUCUCCCGGCAAGCUGGUCAAGUACAGUGUCGAAAACGGCGCCCAUGUCCGCUCCGGCCAGACCUUUGCCGAGGUCGAAGUCAUGAAGAUGUACAUGCCCCUCAUCGCUCAAGAGGACGGUAUUGUGCAGCUCAUCAAGCAACCCGGCGCCGUCCUCGAGGCCGGUGAUAUCUUGGGCAUCCUCGCGCUCGACGACCCUAGCCGUGUCAAGCAAGCGCAGGCUUUCCUGGGUCAGCUUCCGCAAUACGGUAGUCCUGUCGUUGUUGGCAACAAGCCCUCGCAAAUCUUCUCGUUGAAGUACAACACGCUCGCCAACAUCCUCAUGGGCUUCGAUAACCAGGUCGUGAUGCUUGACACCUUGAAGGAGCUCAUUACGGUCCUUCGUGACGACAAGUUGCCAUACAGCGAGUUCUCGGCGCAGUUUUCUGCCCUGCAUGCUCGCAUGCCACAAAAGCUGGACGCCCAGUUCACCCAGGCUUUGGACCCACCCCUCACUAACAUUCUCGACCUGUACGCCGACGGACAAAAAGCCCGCGAGCUGAACGUCAUCGCCGACCUGUUGUCUCAAUACGCAGAUGUGGAGCGUCUUUUCUCCGGCCGCCGGUUGCAGGACGAAGAGGUGAUUCUGAAGCUCCGAGACCAGAACAAGGACGACAUUCAGAAGGUUGUCCAGACCGUCCUCUCUCAUAGCAGGAUUGCUGCCAAGAACUCUCUUGUGCUCGCCAUACUCGACGAAUACCGUCCUAACAAACCCAACGUCGGGAAUGUCGGCAAGGCUCUCCGACCCGUCCUUCGCAAGCUGGCGGAGCUCGAGUCCCGCCAAACGGCCAAGGUCUCGCUCAAGGCUCGCGAGAUCCUCAUUCAGUGCGCCCUCCCGUCUCUGGAAGAGAGGACCGCCCAGAUGGAGCACAUUUUGCGGUCGUCGGUCGUCGAAUCUCGCUACGGUGAAACCGGCUGGGACCACCGCGAGCCGAACUUGGAGGUCAUCAAAGAGGUCGUCGACUCCAAGUACACCGUCUUUGACGUCUUGACACUCUUCUUUGCCCACGAGGACCCCUGGGUGUCCUUGGCCGCUCUGGAAACCUACGUCCGUCGUGCCUACCGUGCCUACAACCUCAAGAAGAUCGAGUAUCAGACCGACGAAACCGAUACACCUGCCUUCGUGUCCUGGGACUUUGCCCUCCGCAAGAUUGGCCAGUCGGAGUUUGGGCUGCCUGUGCAGUCGGCCGCUCCGUCCACCCCUGCGACGCCGAUCGACCAGACCUUCUCGAGGAUCAGCUCCAUCAGCGACAUGUCGUAUCUGUCCCAGCGGGCACGGGAUGAGCCGGUUCGGAAGGGUGUGAUCAUCCCUUGUAAGUACCUCGACGAUGCCGAAGAUAUGCUCUCGAGGGCUCUCGACACGCUGCCGCUGCUCGGAAACCGCAGGAGGAGCGCAAACCCUCUUACCGCGCUCAACGACAGGCGUCGGCCGGCGCCGCCUCCUCGCCUCGACAGCAUGGACGAGCUUUCCGCCGUGGUUAACGUUGCAGUCCGGGACGCCGAGGGCCGUAGCGACGAGGACACACUGAAGGAUAUCCUGCCUUUGGUUGAGCAAUUCAAGGAGGACCUCUUCGCCCGCCGUGUCCGUCGCCUCACAUUCAUUUGCGGUCGCAACGACGGCUCUUACCCCGCCUACUACACCUUCAGGGGCCCGCACUACAUCGAGGACGACAGCAUUCGUCACAUCGAGCCGUCCCUUGCCUUCCAGCUUGAGCUCGCGCGCCUCUCCAAGUUCAAGAUCAAGCCGGUCUUUACCGAGAACAAGAACAUCCACGUCUACGAGGGCAUCGGCAAAGACGUCGAGACUGACAGGCGGUUCUUCACGCGUGCCGUUAUCCGCCCGGGCAGGCUCCGUGACGAGAUUCCCACCGCCGAGUACUUGAUCUCGGAAGCGGAUCGCGUUAUCAACGAUAUCUUUGACGCCCUCGAGAUUAUCGGCACGAGCAACUCGGAUUUGAACCACAUGUUUAUCAACUUCAGUCCCAUCUUCCAGUUGCAGCCACAAGAGGUUGAGCACUCGUUGCAGGGAUUCCUGGACCGGUUUGGCCCUCGCGGCUGGCGCCUGCGCGUCGCGAACGUCGAAAUCCGUAUUAUUUGUACGGACCCGGUCACGGGCCAGCCGUAUCCCCUGCGUGUUAUCAUCACAAACACGUCAGGGUAUGUCAUCCAGGUCGAGAUGUACGCCGAGCGCAAGUCGGAGAAGGGCGAGUGGGUGUUCCACUCCAUCGGCGGCACUACUAAGAUCGGCGCGAUGCAUCUGCUCCCCGUCUCGACGCCCUACCCCACCAAGAACUGGCUGCAGCCCAAGCGGUACAAGGCCCAUAUCAUGGGCACCCAGUACGUCUACGACUUCCCGGAGCUCUUCCGCCAGGCGAUCCAAAACAGCUGGGCCACCGUCACCAAGGCGCAGCCUUCCCUGGCGAGUGAGCAGCCGCCCACUGGCGAGUGCAUCGACUAUAACGAACUCGUGUUGGACGACCAGGACAACCUGGCCGAGGUGUCUCGCGAACCUGGUACCAACUCAUGCGGCAUGGUGGGCUGGCUCAUCAAGGCUCGCACGCCCGAGUACCCCAAGGGCCGCCGGUUCAUCGUCGUGGCCAACGAUAUCACCUACAACAUUGGCUCCUUCGGCCCCAAGGAGGACAACUUCUUCUUCAAGUGCACGGAGCUGGCCCGCAAGCUGGGCAUCCCCCGCAUCUACUUGUCGGCGAACUCGGGUGCGCGCCUGGGCCUGGCCAACGAGUUGAUGCCUCACUUCAGCGUCGCUUGGAACGACGCCGAGAAGCCCGAGGCUGGAUUCAAGUACUUGUACCUCAACGACGAGGCCAAGCGUCGCUUCGAAACAGAGGUCAUCACCGAGGAAGUCACCGAGGACGGCGAGAAGCGCCACAAGAUUGUCACGAUCGUGGGUGCUGAAGAUGGUUUGGGUGUUGAAUGCUUGCGCGGGUCCGGCUUGAUCGCCGGUGCCACGAGCAGGGCUUACAACGACAUCUUCACCUGCACGCUCGUGACCUGCCGCUCUGUUGGUAAGUUUAUUUCCCGUAGCCCCCGCGUCUUGUCCCACGCAAUCUAA